AUGUCGUCCCAUGUGAAGAAAGCUAAAGGUAAGAGAAUAAAAAAACCAAACUGGCUUGAACUUCCAAUAGACCUGACAAAGAACAUUCUUCAAAGACUUGAUACAGUUGAAAUUGUGACAAGUGCACGUAAUGUUUGUCCUCUAUGGUGGAACAUUUGCAAGGACCCUCUAAUGUGGCGUACCAUUGAUAUGAGUAGUUUCCACAUUAUUCGAUUUAAUCGUAGCUGCUUGGAUCAAAUUUGUCGCUGUGCUAUUGAUUUAAGUUCCAGUCAUCUUGAAGGCAUUGCUAUUUCGGCAUUUGGGACCGAUGACCUCCUCGAAUAUAUGGCUCAUAGGGCAAGUUAUCUACGGCGUUUACAAAUUUCAAACUGUAAUGGCAUUUCAAAUAUGGGAUUGGAGGAAUUCGUAAAGAAGUUUUCACUAUUAGAGGAGCUAGACAUUUCAUUAGACAAAUAUUUAUCUAAGAGAUCUCUUGAAGCUAUUGGUCGAUGUUGCCCUUCUUUGAAGUCACUAAAACUCAACAUACAUUGUUACUUUGAAGUCGAGUUUGCUGAUCAGGUGUUUGCUAUUGCAAAGACAAUGCCCGGGUUACGCCAUCUGGCAUUUUCUGGAAUUUGUAUUGGUAAUAAUGAGCUGGUAGCCAUUCUUGAUGGUUGUCCUCUUCUUGAUUCUCUUCAUCUACAAAAUUGUGUUCAUUAUCGUUUCAGUCAAAGUUUAGACAACAGACUCCAUCAGCAAAUCAAAGAUUUACAACUUCCAUAUUUAUUAUACGAUGAUGAUGAUAAUGGUUUAGCUUAUGUAGACACUUUUGAAGAUACAUAUGCUAAUGAUGACUGGGAGUAUUAG